AGCCCGAAGUUGGCAGCCCAGUGGCUCCACUGCAGAGUUGGGGACCGCAAAGGUUGAGGCUGCACCGUCCCCGGCGAGAGGGGGGGGGACCCGUCUCCCUGGGCCAGGCAUCCUCGCCAGCCUCUCGCCAGAGGCGCCUUCCGCGUCUUCACCCCCCCUCCCCACCGCUGCCCGCCUCAAAGUUAACGAGCAGCCGCAGUGUUGUUUGCCGACCUGCCAGACAGGCGAUGGUCACGGCAGCGGGAGCCCCCGAGCCCGAAGCGCCGAGGCUGCCCUGGAAGGGGACCACGCAACGCGCCGGUGCCUCUCUUUCUAUGCCCGGAUUGGUUCCCGCUCUGGGAGGCUGGCCGCCCAGGCGAUCGUUCAGCACCAUGGACAGCGACCUGCGGCAGUCCCGGGGCAGAGUCCGGUAGGGGCCACCCGGCCCGCACCUGCUCUCCGGCCCGGCCCGCCAGACUGCUCGCUGGCUCCCGGGGAGGAGGAACUUUCCGGUCCUGUUGGCUUCUAUCGAGACGCGCGAGUAGGGCAGCGAGAUCUGUAAUGGCAAAGCAUGUCUUCGGAGGGGGAGCCAGAGCCAGCCGCUGGAACAAGCGCAAAUACUCCAGAAGAAGCAAGAGCUGCAGCUACAGCGGCUGGCGAGGAGCAACAACCAGUCAAGCAGUCUUUGAGCUCUUCCAUGUGCAGGGAGUCCCACUGGAAAUGCCUCCUUCUCUCCAUUCUCAUGUAUUGCUGCCUGGGAGCUGUAGCUUGGUGCCAACUCACACAAGUCACUAAGCUCAGUUUUGACAGCUCUUUCAAAGGCAAGUCCAUGAUCUACCACGACAGCCCUUGCUCUGACGGCUAUGUCUACAUUCCAUUAGCGUUCCUAGCCAUGCUCUACGUCGUCUACUUGGUAGAGUGCUGGCACUGCCGCGCCAAAAGCGAACUCCAGUACAAGGCCGACGUGGAAAGUGUCUAUGACCGAAUUGCCAGGAUGAAGCAAGCCACGCCAUGCAUAUGGUGGAAGGCCAUAAGCUACCACUUUGUCCGGCGAACCAGGCAAGUGACUCGGUACCGCAAUGGGGAUGCUUAUACAACCACCCAGGUCUACCAUGAGAGAGUCAACACCCAUGUGGCUGAAGCUGAGUUUGACUAUUCCCACUGUGGGUUCAAGGACAUCUCUAAAGAGCUCAUGGGCCUGGAAUGUUUCUCAGCCACCCGACUGAAAUUCACCAAAUGUUUUAGCUUCGCCAACACAGAGUCCGAGAACUCUUACCUGACGCAGAGGGCUCAUUUCUUCACAGAGAUCGAAGGGCUAGAUGACUACAUGGAGGUCAGGGAAGGCAUGAAGCUCAGGAACAUAGACUUCAAAGAGCUCAUGAUGGCCUACGGUGACCCUGAUCACCUCCCAUGGUACGUGUCCCACUAUACGUUCUGGGUGGCUGCUUUGAUGAUGGUCUCGUGGCCGCUGAGAGUUUUCAUAGAGUAUCGGACUGCCUAUGUGCACUACCACGUGGAGAAGCUCCUUGGGGUGGAGUACAGAGUGCCCACCGGGGCGGAGGAGCCCUUGUACAGAUAUCGCAUCCCCAGGGUCAGCACUCAGGACAGCACGGAGCUCGAGUGGCACAUCUGCACCAAUCGCCAGCUGAUCCCCAGCUACUCGGAGGCGAUGCUCAUGGAGCUGACCAGCUCUCCCGUCUGCAACGGCUACUCCAUGUGCAGGUACAGCGAGAUCACGCGGGGCUGUGAGCGCUGCCACCACGCCUCCAGCACCUCCUCCAUCUUCUCCCGACACGCCUUCCAUAGCUGCAGCGGGAAUUCGCAGCUCUCCCUCAACACCAGCCGCUUCUCCCUGUGCCGGAUCCAUGGCUCUCACAGGACAGGCCUCUGGAGGAGCCGCAGCAGCAGCAUCGCUGACCGGGGCGGCCAGGACGACCCGUGCUGCUCCCACUCGAGUCAACUGGCCCUCAACGAAAACCCACCCACGUACCAUGACGCUCGGUUUUUCCCAGUGCUCAUUGUGCACAGGCCUGAAGGCCAGGAAGCGAGGCACUUCUGUCUCCGCCGAGCAUCCUGCCUGGAAACGUCACUAUGAAAGGGCACCCUGUCACUUUCCCGGGACAACUUCACUGCCAGAAGGCUGCUUGCCAGUGACAGCAAUACUAGGACGGCUGUGGGAUGCAACUGGUUUAAAGUCCCAGCCGCCCACUUCUCCAAAUAAGGAAGCAUGUUCCCCCAGAAGCCUAUGAAGGGUCAGUUCUAAGCCAGUUCACGUGUUUUGUUUGUUUCUAUUAAUUUAAAAGUUUUCCAACCCACUCUUCAUUAAAACAAUUCCUGGAUAGGAUGCAAUAUAUAGGAUCCAAACAUAAAUAACAUAAACCAAAAGAAUGUUAAAAGAGCACUGGUACAAGUCAGGCUGAUCCAGUGAGUCUCCACCAAGGAACAAAUUAGCAAAUUUAACUAAAGUUAGCAAAUUUAACCAAAUUUAACUGGUGCUGAAAACUGACCAGGCUUUGUUUGCCCUUCUUCCAAGGAGCUUGGGGCAGUCUUCACGGAAUUAGCCUCUUUUAACGUGGGAUUAUCCCUUUUAAUAGUAAGAACCUAAGGAGAGCAGUGCUGGAUCAGACAGAAGGCCCACCUUGUCCAUGCCCAUACAGUAGCCAACUAGAUGCCCAUGAGAAGCUCACAGGCAGGACAUGAGGGCAAUGGCACUCUCCUUCGUGUGAUCUCCAGCAUCUGGCAACUGGAGGCAAUGUGCUUCUGAAGCUGGAGGUAGUCCCUAGAAAUCAUGAUGUCCCUAGACACUAGUAGUUCUUGAUAGCCUUAUCCUCCAUGAAGGUGUCUUAUCUGUUUGUAAAGCUGUCCACGUUGGCAGCCAUUGCUGUAUGCUGUGGUGGCAAAUUCCAUAGCUCAACCAAGUGCUUAACUUAAGGAUUUGGGCCAGGGGGAGAGAAAAUGUCUUUCCCAAGACCAUUCAGUGAGCUCCAUGUCUGAUUAGCAAUCUGUGCCCCAGUUUCCUCAGCUGAAGGCCCCCCUGCCCACUGUCUAGUAUGCAACACUAGCCCCCAUUUAGAUAUGAGGUGGCAGAACCCACCCAUGGUGACAUUGGGAGGAGUUCAUUGUAGCGCUAUGGCAAUUGUUCUGUCAGCGCAAACUUUUCAGUUCUCCCUUCUUCUCCCUGCUUGCCGUUCUGGGGUUUCCCUGGGUCAAUUUCAGGGAGGAACAGGGGAGAAGAGGGAGAAAACCCCAUUGUCUUAACGGAAGUCCUUUCACAAGCAUCCACCAGGAAGACUAGUUAGUUGAAUCCUGCCCUUUGCUAUCUCAUUUCCACCCAGGGGAAACUAUUGUGACUGGAUUGCAAGACAUGACUGAAACAUUUGUCUGAAAUUCCCUUCUCCGUCUAACUUCCUCUUCCUCUUUAAUACAGCCCUUUAUUUCCCACAUUCUUAUGCACUUCUCUUUUUCAUUUCCCCCUCUUUUUUGCAUUCAUCUAAGUAUAUGCAUUUGGCAUCCACAUGUUUGA